AUGUCAGGAACGCCAAGGACUAUGCCGCCAUUGAUGAUGGACUGGGCUGAACAACCCAACGGCCGCGCUAAACCAAGGGGCAUGGUGAUUAGUCGGGUACCUUACCUACCUUGGUACCUACUCGGGGCUGUGCGAGUCGGAGGCGUCUCGAACGCUCGGCCAAACUCGCGGCCGUAUUCCGCCGAGCAGGCUGACUUCGGCCGGAUAAGCCAAACCGCUUUAUGCCGCUACCGAAGUAUGCCGGUUAGAAACCCAACUCCGUACGGGGUCGGUACCCAGGUCUGGAGAGCUGUCGUUCUUCACCACUUGCCUCUAACCGCUGCUAUGGCGGCAGCUCCCUUCAUUUCGCUGCUCCAGGGGGAUCAGUUCUUGGCCGACACACCAAUUCCAGGGUCGGCUGUCAUUCCCAACAGCGGGAACCUGUUCCCAAAAUGGGCAGACAAGCUGAGCCCGACAGCCGUGGAAACAUGGCUGUUUGAUGCCAUGGCAGAGGAUGGCAGUGCCGCCUUCACCGUCUCCUUCUUCCGCGACGGCUCACAAGCCCCUGCCAGCUUCAGAGCCGCCAUCAACGCCGCCUGGUCCGAUGGCACCGUGUGGUCCCAGCAUCUGGUGGUACCAGUCUCCGUAGUCACUUCAGACGGCCCUGAUGUCGGCCAUGGUCACGUAGCCGGCGUCUGGCGCACCGAAGAGCCCCAAAGCAACGACACGACUCGCACGACCGCCAGCUUCGAUGUGGCGGCCGAUUUAUCGACCACCACUGUCGUCUUCGACGCCCCCGGCAGAAUCACCGGCAGCCUGACUCACCGAUCCCUGGGGUAUCCCACGCUGCCCCAAUCAGACCGGGAGGCCGAGGUCGCGCCGGGAGCGUACUGGUUCCGCCCCAUCGCCAUGGCCAACGCCACGGUCGACCUCACCUUCCACAUCGACGACCCCACCAACCCAGACAAAAAGACGGAAAAGCGCAUGGUGCUCGGACCAGAGCAGGGGGCCUUUGGCGGCAUGGAUCGGUCAUGGCUGCCCAUGGUGUGGGGCAAGGAGGCGACGGACGCCUUGUUCGUGCGGGCCCAGGCCGGACCCUACGUAAUGGCCGUGAUGCGGCUGGUGAGCAAGCCGCACAAGUACUACCAGAACACGGUCAACGCGGCGCUGUAUCGCGACGGCAAGAUCGUGUCCAACGCCCUGCGCUCGCUGCCGCCCGACCGUCGCGACACGGCCGCCACGGCGGAUGCGGUGCGCACGGAGAAGUUGUAUGAUGGUGACGGCCUGGUGGCAAAGUACCGCGAUAAGAAUGUUGGGUAUCGUCUGGAGUUUCGCUCGGCGGGGCCGGAAAGGGAAAAGUGGUCAUUUGACCUGCGUCAUCAUCAGGCGUGGUGGGCCAAGCCUACGAGUCGGCCAGGCCCCGACGGGACGGGGAAUUCGGGGUUUGUUGUCGAAGUCACCGGCGGGUUGGUGGGUUCUGAGGAGUCUGUUCACGGCUGGGGCAUGACGGGGGAGGUUGAGUUGUCUGAUUAA